CACGGGAUAUGCAUGGGGCUGCACUUUUCCAAUAUGGCGGCCGAAGCAGGUUGAAGGUGAAAACGCAGGUUACAUCAAGGGGACAUUUUCAUUGCAGGAAGCAUCUGAGCAGCUAUUGCAAAGAGUCAUCGUUGCCUUUGGUGAUGGACGUGAUAAAGACGCCCAAGGUUGACAAUGUUCGUUUAAUGACAAAAUAUGGAAAGAGGAAGGCUGCUGUGGGCACUUUAUAUUUGACAGCUACACAUCUGAUAUUCAUUGACCCAGACUGUUCCAAAGAAACUUGGAUUCUUCACUCUCAUAUCGCUUCAGUAGAGAAACUUCCUCUGAAUGCCGGAGGUUCACCUUUGAGGAUUCGCUGCAAGACAUUCCAGAUUGUAAACUUUGUCAUUUCAAGAGACAGAGAUAGUCAGGAAAUAUACACUUCCCUAUUACAACUAUCUAAACCUGAAAAACUUGAAGACUUGUAUGCAUUUUCCUACAAUCCUCAAAGUGAAAAGCUGACACGGUCUGCUGGCUGGGCCUUAUUUGAUAUCCAGUCAGAAUAUGCACGCAUGGGAUUGCCAAACAAUGAGUGGUGCUGCAGCACCUUGAAUAAAGACUACCAGAUAUGUGAUACAUAUCCUAGUAUUUUGUAUCUGCCAUCUUCUGCUUCCACUUCUCAACUCAUCAGUAGCUCAAGGUUCCGUAGUCGAGGCAGACUACCAGCCUUGUCUUUCUACUACAAGAACACAAAGGCAUCAAUUUGCCGCUGUAGUCAGCCUCUAUCAGGGUUCAACUCCAGGUGUCAAGAGGAUGAAAGUCUCAUUCAAGCCAUCCUAGAUGCCACACCUGAUUCUAAAUAUGUGUACAUUGUGGAUACAAGACCGAAGAUCAAUGCUAUGGCAAACAAGGCAGCUGGGAAAGGAUAUGAAAGCACAGAUUUUUAUGAAAAUGUCAAGCCCCCACUUUCCAUGGUAUUGGGAAGACAUUUUACACUCCUUUGAUUAUUUUCAGUGGUCUGUGAGACCCCAGAUGUAACAGCUAAAGCCUUAGCAAGUGGCUUAGACAACAGUGGAUGGAUGAAGCACAUUAAAGCUGUGUUAGAUACUUCAGUCUUUAUCGCUAAGGCUGUUGUGGAAGAGAAGGUGAGUGUAGUUGUUCACUGUAGUGAUGGAUGGGACAGAACAGCACAGACCUGCUCCUUAGCAAGUAUCAUGUUAGAUCCUUACUACAGGACGAUUCAUGGACUUCAGGUUUUGAUUGAGAAAGAGUGGCUUGCAUUUGGACACAAGUUCACUGACAGAUGUGGGUUUCUCCAAUCAGAUGUGAAGGAGACAUCACCAGUAUUUCUCCAGUUCUUGGAAGGAGUGUGGCAAUUACAGGAACAGUUUCCAUUUGCCUUCCAGUUUAAUGAAAGAUUUCUUCUCACAAUUCAUGAUCACUUGUAUUCCUGCCAGUUUGGGACUUUCCUUGGAAACUGUGAACGAGAACGAAAGGAACACAGUUUGGCAGAGAAGACAUACUCACUGUGGGGUUACAUGUGGCAGAAUAUCAGUGACUAUGCAAAUCCGCUGUACAGAGGAGGCAUGGACGAGUUACUAUGGCCUAACACUUGUCCUCAAACUCUCAAGUUUUGGCGUUCAAUGUACAAUCGAUAUGAUAAUGAUGUUCACCCCAGAGAGACUGUAUUGGAUGCGCUUAGUAGUAUCAUAGAUCACAAUGAUUCACUGCAAGAUCACAUUAAAUUUCUUUCUUCCCGCAUUGCGAUGAUGAAAACUCUUUUCAGUUCGUCAAAAGACUCUGAAAACAACACUGUUGAUGACAAGAAUUCAAUGGAAAUGAACUAUCUGAAUUCACACUGUCAAUCGCCUGGUAGUUCGUCAAGUGAUUUGACCUCUCUUGAGAACUCAGUCGAUGAUCUGGAACUCAGCACAGAGCGGAAAAACUCAUUACUUAACAGUCACGACAGCGUGUCAUCUUCAUUACCCAGCGUCAGUAGCGGCACGAGUGAGGACAGUGCUCUGGGAGGAUCUCUACCGGAUGACUUACAGAAAACUUUAAAACGUCAAGGUUUGACUGUCGAGGAUUUGCUUCAAUCCGCUCCUCCGUUUGCUGUGGAAUGGAAGUCAGUUCGAGAUGUUUUCCAGUGUCUGACUUGUGCAGCGCCGAUUGAUUUUCUAAGUCGUAAGUAUCACUGCUGAAACUGUGGAGAGGUGUUCUGUAAGCGAUGUAUUGAUAAACAAUGUACCCUUCCUGGACAUUACUCGGACAAUCGCGUGCCUGUCUGCAAGCCAUGCUACAAAGUGCUUAAGAAAUUUAAAUGAGAUGCGGCGUUUCCAGUGAGCCAUACGGUCAAAGAACUACAAGUAAUUUGAGUUACUUUGCAAGGGUGUCGUGGAAUUUUUUUACGUCAAUGAAUGUCAAUGAAUAAUACAGUUGUACACUAGAAUUUUACAAAUGGCUAUAAAACCUAGAAAAAUGUUUAUAAAGUGGUACAAACGAUAAUAAAGAGACAAUUAUUAGAAGAAUAUAACACUGGAAUUCGAUGGCAUUUUUGCCGAGGAUCAACAAACACAUCAAGCAUAAAAAUAGCGAUAAGUGUCCAAAUUGUUUAAAAUUAUUUUAACAAGUUACAAAUCAAGUUUACUUAUGUCUUGGGAAAUUAUAUUUCGAAAUCCUUAGACCAAAGAGAAUUGUGGAAAAAUGAUAAACAUACCAUGAUGUUUGACAAGAUACAUUUUCUAAAGGGAAUUUAUAGAUAUUUUAAUGGUCGAACACGGGUGUUUUUUUUCCUUUCACUAUUUGCAAUGAAACAACAGAUCAAGGUAUUUGCGAAAACAGCUUCGAAAUGUUAAUAAUUGACGGGAUUACGCUAAUCAGGCAAUCGGGCGAGUUUCUCUUCGUUCUUAUUUACUCCAAGAAAGGUCAUCCCUUCUCAGUUGUUUCUGUUUGUGUUUCAAUACAUUCAGAGAAUAUCAGAGUGUUGCAAGAUAUUACUUCCUAGGACCCGGUUGUUCAAAACGACAGGAUAACCGAAACGUAAAUCCAAGAUUGAAAGUCGAACAAGGUUUUCAUUCUCAUAAAUGAAGUGUUUUUCACUACAAAUGCUUUGUAGAGUUAGUCAGGUCAAAACUGGGCAUCAAAAACUGCAAGUAUAAAAUAUCACUGAAAAGUCGAAAUUUGCGCUAAAUCUGUAUAAAGUAGCUUAGUCACGCUUUGAACAACCGGGCCUAGGCCAUAACUGACUUGCCCCAUGAUCUCGGAGUUCCUGUUAUCUCCACUUAGAUGACUCUGAAAUAUUUCUUGGCUGUGAACGCGUUUCUUUAUUUUUAAGACAGCUUGUCAAAAAAGGAAGGCUCAUCAUUUCAAAUCAGUCACAACUCUUGUACAAAUUAGAAAUAAACUUCUCAAUCUCUA